UCGAUCAGCCUUACAGUUUUUUUCUGCAGGAGAAGAAUGUUUUGACAUCCAGAAGAAUGUCCCCACAACAAGAGGCCAUACACAAUGUGGGUGUGAAAGAGUGCAUGGUAUACCUCGAUUAAGUGCUUCUUGGACAGCAAGGGUUUUAGGCGUCUUAGCAGAAAAAUCACCCGGGCAAGUUUAAGUCUCGCAAGUCGAGCUUUGUCAUUGGUACGAAGGAUACUGCUGGCCUAGUAGCUGGCGAAAAGAAGGCUUGGCUCUACCUAGGACGUCUACACAGUGAUACAACUGAAGAAGCAGUUAAGAAAUAUAUCUCAGACUCUUUUGCGGAUGUGACUGCCACGGUAGAGAGGCUAGAAAGUAAAGGCUCAAACGCAAGCUUUAAAGUUGGUGUUGAUUUUGAGAAGAAAGACAAACUUUUCAAUAGUUCAGUAUGGCCUAAGGAUGCAGUUUUGAAACGUUUUUUAUUCAGAAGAGGCAGGAGCAAGGUCCCGAGUUAGUAACGAAGGCUGCAGAAGAUGUAGUACCAAAAGGGCCUUGCAUUAUAUCUCCACAGCCUAGGCCUACAGACAAAGAUAGUUUUAAAUUAGUUUAUGUUAAUGUCCAGUGUCUUAGGACAAAGAUCAACCUUGUCUCCCUUUUUGUGGAAAAUGUGUACCCCGACAUCUUGUGCCUUGGUGAACAUCAUCUGGAGAGCCAAGAGAGUGACUACUACAGCUUAAUUGGACACUUGAAAUUGGCUGCUGGUUAUUUUCGCUCGGACCAUAGGAGUGGAGGAGUAUCAAUAUACCUGAACCCUGACCUAGCAUUUGAUGUCUUGGAUGUAAGGGCCUUCUGCUGUGAACUGGACAUCGAACUUUCUGCUGUUAGGCUGACUGAGCUAUCUGUGAUUGUUCUGGUGUUAUACCGCUCUCCCGAUGGAAACUUGGAAAUCUUCUUUCGCUCUUUAGACAGAUGUUUAGCUAGCCUAAAUCAACUGGGCCUGCCGAUAGUUUUGGGGGGUGAUGUGAACCUCCACCUUAACACUGAAGAUAACCCUUCAAAUAUAUUUAUGUGUCUUCUUCAUACCUAUGGACUGUAUAUAACAAACCGUGCACCUACCCGGGGGAAGUACUGCCUGGACACCAUUGCAACGUCUCUAGAUUCUUGGGACUACAAAGUGUACGUGACAAACCCUGUCAUAGCUGACCAUGAUGCUGUGGUAAUGGACCUACAUAGGAACCUGGGGGAAAAAGAGAUGAAGACUUAAUCCUCCCAUUAAAUAGUUCUAUCUCUACAACCCUAUCUACAAAACAGAUGAGGACUACUACUAGUAUAAUGAAGAGUCCAGACUUCAAAUCAGAUCGCUUGUGGCUUAACGGAAAAGAAGAGCCUCUCAAUCAUCCUCGGAUACAAAGAUGCUUAAAAGCAAUCAGAGAGCGUGCCAGAGAGCAAGGUAAGUUUGAAGAUAAGUGCAAAUUACACAUUUGCUCUGAGAACAACUUCCCUACAGCUGCUGGACUAGCCUCCUCGGCAGCAGGCUACGCGUGUUUAGUGUACACAUUAGCCAAGUUGUACGGAGUGGAGGGAGACGUGUCUGACAUUGCCAGGCAAGGGUCUGGCUCUGCCUGUCGCAGCCUGCUCGGUGGUUUUGUCCAGUGGUCCAGAGGUUCCAACAGUAACGGAAGUGACUCAGUCGCAAGUCAACUCUACCAGGCUGACCACUGGCCGUCACUAAAAGUCAUCAUUCUUGUUGUAUCGGACCAUAAGAAGAAGGUUAGCAGUACAGGAGGAAUGCAGAGAAGUGUAGAGACUAGUGAGCUGUUGAAGUACAGAGUCAAGCACUGUGUACCAGCGAACAUAGAGGCUAUCUCACUCGCACUCAAGGUAAGGGACUUUGACAAGUUCGCUGAGAUUACCAUGAGGGACAGUAACCAGUUCCACGCCGUUGCCAUGGACACCUACCCCCCAGCUGUGUACAUGUCAGACGUCUCACACGCCAUUGUCAACUUCGUCCACGAGUACAACGCUGCUUGCGGGACUACCAAGGUAGCCUACACCUUUGACGCAGGCCCCAAUGCUGUUUUGUAUGUGCAAGAGGAUGAUGUACCUUUAGUAGCUGCAAUGAUACAACAUGUGUUUCCACCGUUGCCAACAACAAAGCAGCAAUUUAUCAGUAUUCCAAUGAAACCUGCAGUAUUGCCAGAGGAUCUGAAGACCUCUUUCCCCCCACAUGAGCCAGGAAUGCUCAAGUAUUGCAUGUACACUGAGAUAGGCUCAGGUCCUUCCCAACUGACUGAUCCUGACUGUCACCUACUGCUACCUGAUGGCAAUCCCAAGAAAAUAGCCAGCUAACAUUCUACACAAACCAAUAGAGUAUAAACAUAUUGUGUUUGUGCCUUAGUUGGGAAAGAAACAAUCAAUUCGUGUUCCCUAGAACACUUGCUAUGGCAAGGUGUUUCAAGAUUAUUUUAAUUUUUAUUAGACAAUUAUAAAAUUAGGAAAUCAUUAAAAAAUUUAUGGUUUUGUAAAAACCAGGGCCGUCCAGAAAGUAACAGACGUUUCACAUCGGUGCCGCUUGGGGUGAUGCUAUCGCUUUAAUCUUACUCCACCAUCAGAGUUCUUACAUGAAGAACGCACCUCACAACUAGGUGGUUCACAAUAAUUACAAUGCUUAUUUUAAUACUCUUUUGCAGGCAAGAGAUAUGAUACACACAUUCCUAUUACGGGAUGCCUACCAAGUGUAGGAGCACCCUAAUGCCCUGAUGUGAAAUAUCUGUUACUUUCUGGACAGCCCUCAUAAUUUAUGAACAGAUUGAUAAGGUUUAUCAAUUUAGAAAGUUGGCCUCCCUUAGUUUGUUUUUAUUUCAUAUUUCUACUAAGUUUCCUUUCAUACACAACUGAUAUAAGUUUUAUAAUUUUGAACCCCUUUUUAAGAUAAAUAAUCUACUCCUAUCACACAGCAUUUCAAUCUAGUUAAUACGCAAGCAUUUUUUUUUCGGAGUCAUAACUAGAUAACGGCUGGUCAGAUUUUAACAUUAGAGGUGACAAAUAAUUUUUUUUUACACUGAUGUGCAAAUGUCUCAGAAUAUUGAGAAAGGGCGUCACUUAAGUGCAACUAAGUGUUAGAUUUUUGGAACGGUGGCACUAUCCAUCGACACUGAAACCAUCUCAAAUUACUUUGUUUACAUUUAAACAUGUGGGUGGGUGUAGUUUGAAAUGGUUUUUAAGGUUAACCACAGACUGCAGGACUUAUUAUUGAUUCUAGAGCAAAGACGGAAUGUAUAUUUUAACAUCUGUUAACUAAGCCUGUUUCAUAAUAAUGUAUUUCCUCCUAGCAAGACUAGAGAAAAAUUGUUUGUAAUAGUUGAAUUGAUUAACCUUACAUCGUAUUUUACAGAAUUAUGAAGUAGUUCUCAAUUGUGAAAAUCAGUUAGGUAGGACAGCAGUAAAAGUUGUUAUAGAUCGUUUUUUUACAUAAUGGAGAUAUGAACAUUAGCUUUUUAUGGUAUGGUAAGCAUAAUAACUGACUGGUGGAGGAGGUAGAAAUGAUCUUGCCCAAAUAUAUAAACAUAACAGCUAUCACUGCAUAUAUCUUGCUGUGCAAAUUGCGCACAAUUCCGUGCACUGGUAUUACCUAGUUAGUAUUGUUAUAGUGACCAGCACAGAAUGAGACUUUAGAGACAUUAGAGAUAGCCUAUAUAUUUUUUAGUUAUUUUGUUGCUAUCUAAAAAUUUUAUUAAAAGAAUCUUAAAAGGUUCUUCUCUGGCAUUUUUGAUUUUGAUGCAUUGGGGUAUUGCAAAAUACAUUUCUGUCUAUAGCCAGGUAAUAAACUAGUGUUAUUGAA